UGGCCUCUCAUUGGUCGCGAAGGAGGAAGAUGCGACGGCCAUGGAGAAUAGACAAGGGAUUUUUCAAACCAUCCUACUGAUGUGAUUAAUGUCCUUAAAUUAUUUUCAUGCAUUGACUCGUCGCAGUCUAUACUGUAAGGCCUCUGGAUUAUAACCUACUGACCGCUAGUCGGUUUCGGUGUUUUUUGUUUUGUUGGGUCGUUUGAUGUGAUGUCGGGCCCGUCGUGCUGCUUUGUAGGUGAAGUCACUCCCUAGAAAUGUAGCUUGGGGUUACAACACUGGUAGAGCUAUCACUGAAGUUACAGGUGCUCUUCUUGUAGUUGUUGCUGUGUGGACGAUGCACGAGCGAUGUCUGAUGUUGAGGCCACGUACGCAGACUUCAUCGCCUCUGGCAGGACGGGACGCAGGAACGCCAUGCACGACAUCCUGCAGAGUCCCACUGACCCCGAGGGACGAGAACUGCCCCUCACCCUGUCUCUGUCCCAGCUGCACAUCAACGCAGGAGGGGGAGAUGGAGACGACGCUGAGGACAGCCAGAGUUCCUCUUCCUCCUCGGCCCACAGGGAGGCUGAGCAGAGGAACAGCUAACCUGCCACAUACUCCUCCUGCCAGUGGACUGAGAGUUGCAAGAUGGAUUCCAGCUGCCAUUGUGAUGAAGCCGUUCGUCCAAAGUGGGCUGGUAGCCGGAGGGUAGCACCACCACUGCUGAGGUGCCUAUAAGGAGGGCACUGACCCCCAGAAUCCACUGUAGAGGCGCUGUGCUGCGAUGUGAUCACCUAGUGCUCUCAUGACCCUGUGGCUCUGCAAUAGAAUAACAGACUGUUGGCAGGGGAGUAUUUCAGAGUUGGGGUAAGCAGAGAGACACAUUUGUAGCUCUUGUACAGCUGAUUUUACUUUCAGUCUUAGUUACUAAACUCUCAGGCUGGGUGAUUGGAAUAAAAAAGAGAAAAUAGACAGAGAUCCUAUGUGAGUUUUGUAGUUCGAGCAAUUUGUAAGACCACUGAGACGUGCUGAUGUAAUGGGUCACAGUGGGAGUAGCAUGUUUGUAGUGAUGCUGAUAGAGAUUAUAUUGCCAGUUAAUGGCUUGUGCUUCCUUUAAAUUGACAAUACUGUAGAGGGAAUUGGACUACUCAGCUUUAGUAGAGCUGGAAAACGCCAUGAACAAAAACGCUGGGGCUUGGUUACUUAAUCUGUUGAAAGGUGUGUUCACUGAUUCUGUUAAACAUAUGUGUUUGAUGGUCAAAAUCCAGUCAUACUAUAUGUGAAUCUGGCCUAUAUAUAUAUAUAUAUAUAUAUAUAUAUAUAUAUAUAGCAGAGCACUGGGAUGGUGGUGUAACAGUGUUCUGUUGACCAACAAUACUUACUGUGAGUAUUGAUGAGAAAUUUCGGCUUUGUCGGCAAAUUAUGGCUCAUUUGUUAAAAAAAAAGAAAUGAUAACGGUGUACUAUCUUUUAAAUGUUUAUACUUUUUAAAUUUACUUUUCUAAUUAUGCCAUUAUAAUCACACCUUAAAGGAGUAGUUUUUGGAAAUGUGCUUAUUCGCUUUUUGCCGAGAGGAAGAUGAGAGGAUUGAUACCACUUUCAUGUCAUUAUGCUAAAUAUGUAGCUGGAGUCAGCAGAAAGUUAGCUUAGCUAAGGAUAAGAAGUGAAAA